GCGCGCAAUCAGAGCCUCCGUGGGAUGUGAAUGAGGAGGAGCUUGAGUUGGGGAGGGGGGUGAAGAGGGGGAGAACCUGCCACUGGUUAGAUGAUGGAGCAGCGCUAGCAGGCGGCAGCAGCAGAAGCAUCUCGUUAACACACCUCAAUGAAAGCGGCAGUGGAAACGGAUGGGGAUAAAGACGUAAGCAGGCUAACUAUAGCUGCCGUGCAGCGAGAUGGGAUGUAACCUGCUCAGAUCAAGGCUGCGAGGUGCGUAAUCCCCAGGGCUAGCUUAUUGUGGAGAGGAGAUCGCAGUCAGCAUUGCCACAGGUGACUUGGUUUCCUCCUUACAGUUGCUUUGAGAUUCAGGCUAUUUAAAAAAAAAUUCUAAUUUUUAAAAUCUCCACCUCCUCCCCCUUGAUACCAUCUUUAGAAGGAAGACUAACAAUAAUAUUACUAUUACGACUAUUAAUAAAAAAAUUGAAAAGUGACUUCCCAUCACCUCUGCUUCCCUCGCUCCGAGACAGCAAAGAGACAUGGUUUACCCCUUACUCCUUUGCCUCCUGCUUGCUCAGCUGGGAUUGGGAGCUGCCGGUUCCAGCCGUGACCCACCAGGGCGCCUGGAGCCCCAUAGAGAGAGGACCCUUAGAGGGAAGCAGCAUGGCCAUCAGUCCGCCCGAGCCUCAGACUCUUCGACUCUCUGGAGCCGGUCCAUCGACAGCACCAUCUUAGCGCAGAAACUCUCCGAGGAGGUGCCCACGGAUGUGGCCUCUUACCUCUACACUGGGGACUCCCAUGAACUGAAGCGCACCAAUUGCUCCAGCCGCUUGGAGCUGGCAGCCGGCCUGCCGGGGAAGUCCCCCGCCAUGGUCAGCCUGCACCCCUCCUUGCACGGGGCGAUGGACACGCUUAUCUACGCCACCAACUUCCUCAACAUGAUCAAUAAGUCACUAGAGCAGAACUUGCAGGACGACCUGGAGUGGUACCAGGCGCUGAUCCGGAGCAUCUUUGAAGAUGAACCCAGCAUCUCACGGGCAGCCAUUACUUUUAGCACCGAGUCACUAUCCUCUUCAGCCCCUCAGGUCUUCCUUCAGGCCACUCGCGGGGAGAGUCGUAUCCUCCUACAGAACCUGUCCUCUGCUCACCAUUUGACCAACGCCACCCUGGAGACCGAAUGGUUUCACGGCCUGAAGCGCAAAUGGAGGCCCCAUUUACACCGCCGAGGUUCCAACCAGGGGGCCCGGGGUCUGGGCCACAGCUGGAGGUUCCGGGACAGCUCAGGGGGGGAAAAGAACCAGAUCAGGUGGUCUCUGCCAUACCUGGAGUGCGAGAACGGGAGUUACAAACCUGGCUGGUUGGUCACUCUCUCCGCCGCUUUCUACCGGUUCCAGCCUAACGUGGUUCCUGAAUUCAGAGGUGUCAUGAAAGUUGACAUAAAUCUUCAGAAGGUAGACAUUGACCAGUGUUCAAGUGAUGGCUGGUUUUCAGGAACUCACAAAUGCCAUCUGAACAAUUCAGAGUGCAUACCAAUUAAAGGCCUUGGAUUUGUGCUCGGAGCCUAUAAGUGCAAUUGCAAAGCAGGAUUCUAUCAUCCCCGUGUCUUUUCAGUGAACAGCUUUCAGAAUCACCAUUUUGCUGGGGAUGAGAAGCUGGAGGAAGUCCAUGUCUGUUUGCCAUGCAGGGAAGGCUGCUCCUUUUGUGCUGAUGACAGACCCUGCUCUGCCCAAGAGGACAAGUAUUUACGGCUAGCCAUUAUCUCCUUCCAAAUCCUGUGUAUGCUGCUUGAUUUCAUUAGCAUGUUGGUUGUCUACCACUUUCGCAAGGCAAAGAGCAUCAGAGCAUCAGGACUGAUCCUAUUGGAAACAAUUCUUUUUGGGUCUCUGCUACUAUACUUUCCGGUUAUCAUUUUAUAUUUUGAGCCAAGCACAUUUCGCUGCAUCCUUCUGAGAUGGGUUCGUCUUCUGGGUUUUGCUACUGUUUAUGGAACUGUGACUCUCAAGCUUCACAGGGUUUUGAAGGUUUUCCUUUCACGAACAGCUCAACGUAUCCCCUAUAUGACUGGGGGCCGGGUCAUGAGGAUGCUGGCAGUAAUUCUCCUGAUAGUAUUUUGGUUUCUCACUGGUUGGACCUCAGCUGUCUGCCAAAAUUUGGAGAGGCACAUCUCACUCAUUGGACAGGGGCGAACAUCAGACCACCUCAUCUUUAACAUGUGCCUCAUAGACCGCUGGGAUUACAUGACAGCAGUUGCUGAAUUUUUAUUCCUCUUGUGGGGUGUUUAUCUCUGCUAUGCAGUUCGGACAGUCCCAUCAGCAUUUCAUGAGCCACGUUAUAUGGCUGUUGCAGUUCACAAUGAGCUCAUUAUCUCUGCUAUAUUCCAUACAAUUAGAUUUGUUCUUGCUUCAAAACUUCAGUCUGACUGGAUGCUGAUGCUAUUUUUUGCACAUACCCAUUUGACUGUGACAGUCACCAUUGGGUUACUUUUGAUUCCAAAGUUUUCACAUUCAAGCAAUAAUCCAAGAGAUGAUAUAGCAACAGAAGCAUAUGAAGAUGAACUUGACAUGGGCCGGUCAGGAUCGUACCUGAACAGCAGUAUCAAUUCAGCUUGGAGUGAGCACAGCUUGGACCCUGAGGAUAUUCGGGAUGAGCUAAAGAAACUCUAUGCUCAGCUGGAAAUCUAUAAAAGGAAGAAGAUGAUCACAAAUAAUCCACACCUCCAGAAAAAGCGGUGCUCAAAAAAGGGCCUUGGCCGUUCCAUCAUGAGGCGCAUUACCGAGAUCCCAGAAACAGUCAGCAGACAAUGCUCUAAGGAGGAUAAGGAGGUCAUGGACCACAGUGCAACCAAAAAUGCUGUCAUUGUGAGGAAAAACCCCCAAGAGUCCUCCAGUGGCAUUGUAAAGGCAAAGGAAGAGUCUCUGAAAAACCGGGUCUUCUCCUUAAAAAAGUCCCACAGCACUUAUGAUCAUGUUAGAGACCAAUCAGAAGAGUCCAAUAGUAUACCAACAGAAAAUGAAGUAGAGACCACAGAGAACUCUCUACUGGACUCCCUUCCGGGUAAAAAAGUCAACAAGAGGGUUACAGAAAACAUGGAGGCUUCAUCCACUGAGUCAGUCCCUUUGGUGUGUAAGUCAGCAAGUGCUCACAACCUUAGCUCAGAAAAGAAGCCUGGGCAUCCGAGAACAUCUGUGUUACAAAAGUCACUCAGUGUUAUAGCAAGUGCCAAGGAGAAGACUCUUAGUUUGACUGGGAAAACAUCAAUUCAAGGCCUAGAAGAAAAUGAUAAAUCCCCCAAACCACCACUCAAAGGCAAAGAGUUCAACCGAAAACAUUCCAACCCUGAUAAAAUAGAGACUAAAGAUUCUGCCUGGAAAAAUUCCACUCAUUCUGAAGAACUAAGGAAACCUCCCAAAUCUGGAAUUAUGAAACAACAGCGGGUGAGUACACCCACUGCCAAUUCUGAAACAGGCCCAGGCUUGUUAAAGGAUAACUUUGACAUUGGGGAAGUGUGUCCUUGGGAGGUUUAUGACUUGACACCAGGUCCUGUGCCUUCAGAAUCGAAAGUUCAGAAACAUGUGUCUAUUGCAGCUUCUGAAAUCGAGAAAAGCAUCCCUCCCCACCCAAAGGAGAAAUCUCAGUACAAGCCUGAACCCAAUGAAGGCUAUCAGCAAUCCAAUCAAAAAAGUAUUGACAAGUCUGAAGUGUGCCCUUGGGAGAGCCCAGAACAGUAUGUUUUUGAAGAGGAAAAACAGCAUUUGAAUGCUAAGACUCACUUUCUCCCUGGGGGUGGGAAAGGUGAAAAUGGUGGUCAACAUCCUUCAGCCAAGGUUUGUGUGGGUCAACAUGACGAACUGCCUUCAAAAGUUGUAGCAUCAAAAGCAGAACAAGAAAAUACCAACCAAAUAGGAGACCAGAAAAAAACUCCAUCUUUCUCUGAGGGAAAUGUGCUUUCAUCUGCCUCCUUUGACUCAAGUAAUAACUUUCAGCAGCCUUUAACAUCCAGAGCUGAGGUGUGUCCCUGGGAGUAUGAGACCCCAGGCUUACCAAAUGCUGAGAGAAGUGUAACCUUUUUGGCCUCUUCUGCUUUAAGUGCAAAUAAAACACCAACACUCCGCAAAUAAGAGGUUUAGGACACUUUUAAAGUGUACAUGCCCAUAAAUGAAUGGUGUGAAAAAAGAAAAGAGCAAAGAAGAAACCCUGAUGUCACCAUCCACUAAAGAUUAGGAAGGUCAGAGAAUUCCCAAGGAGAACUUGUUAAUCAAGGAGGGACAAUGGAAGACAAUAAGGUUUCAACCAGGGUAGAGGAGUUUGGAGUUGGAGAUAUGGAAGAUACCUUGGGAAUAAAUAUCAGAGUGACAAUUUUCCCACUUCUCCCCCCUCCCCACCUCUAAAAGAAUUUCCGUAAUAAUCUAGAGAAGAGAUGUAAAUACAACAUGUCCCAAAAGUCUUAGUGCAGUUUUAACACUAAGAUUUUUGGGAUACUAUGUAUUUAAACGAAAUGUUCGUUUAAGGUUUGCCCUUCCCCAUCCCCCAUUGAAAUUUACCUUUGAAGAUACAAAUGGAGGGAAUUCUAAAUCAUAUAGAAAAUGUUUGGUAAAAAAUUAAGAAAUGAAGUAAAGUUAUAUCCUUGAGCAGCUGACUGAAAUGAACUUUUCACUUUACUCAUUUAACCUUGAUAGCACUGCUAACUUAAUGCAUCCCAAAAAUACAUUUUAUAUUACUGAUUGCUCUCAUUUUCUUCUAAAUGUAUGUUUCCGUACAUUGUUGUGUCUCACAUUCAAGCAUUCCAGAUUGUAUAAUUUUUGCAAAUAACUUUGAUAUUAUGUGACACAACAACAUGUUUAUGCAAUCUCCAGAUACUCAAUUGUUAUUGCACCUUACAACAUAACUGCUAUCUACAACUUUGGUUCAUUUCUAGAAGUUCAGCAAGCCUUCCCUGGUGGGGGAGGCCAUAAUUUUUUAUUUUGGCUGUGAUUUAUCUUGUGAAUUUGGGUUUGACUCUUAUUUUUCACAUCCUCGUUUGAUAUGGUAUUAUUCAAGGUUUUUAUGCAGAGAAGUUACUUGGUUUGCACUUCUAUGUUAGCACUCGGAAGCUCUGCUGAUAUUGGAGAUCAAGUGGUCCUAAUUAGCUGUAUAUUUCAAUGAGUUAAGGACAACUUAUCCAUUGUUUGUUACAAGCCAGACAUUAAACCAAUCGUUCUGGUUAAUCGUCAGUCACUGUUAUCUUUCUCAGUAUUUCAUACUUAGCAUCCCUAUCUAAAGGAAGAGCUAAGGGUGAGGAAAAUAUGCUUUAAAUUAUUAUUUUUUUGGAAAGAGAAGACUUUAAGGAAUGACAUUAUUCUAGUUCUAGCUACACUAUAGAACCAGGGAAUCUGCCUUUCAGAGGAAAGACGUGGAGGUAUUCCCUGAUAGCUCUUUCAAGUGAUUAUUUUUUUAAACAACUGCUAAGAAAAAUUGGGCUUGCAUCUAGAUAAUUUCAUGGAUAUUUUCGGAUUAUGCAUAUUGAAUGUAAAGUCAAUUCAUCUACCUUAUAGACUUUAGACUUCCUCAUUGGUUCAGGUAGGAAUACCACUUCUUAAGUUCAAUCUUAGGUUCAGAACCCUAUCUACUUUAAUUGCAACAAGAUGAUGUUGGACCUUCAUUCUCUUAAACCCUGGGAAAGUUCCAUAUCCUGUGGCUUCCCAUUGUAAUAUUUCCGCACUGGAGAAAUAAUAAAAGAAUAAGACUCUGCCUCAUGACAAAACAUUCCACUGGCAUGUUUUCUAAAAGUCAUUCUUUUGUAAUGGCCAUAGGACUGGGGAGUGCUGAGAACACUAGCUUGCUAAGAUCCAGGCGGAGGCUAGGCAAACAAGGUAAUUGCCUAGGGUGUAAGCCGUAGGGAGGGGCAAAAAGGGACAUUUUUAUAUUAUUUUUUAUAAAUGCACAUAUUUUAAUGCCAGAAAAUUGCUCUCCAGGAUAUCUAGGGGUUUAUUUUGUGAUAAUUAAAGUCCCAUGUGUUAUACUGAAGGCUCAAAGUUACUUUGAGAUAGCAAUAGUGUCUAGCAUAUAGUAAGUCCUUAAUAAAUGCUUGCUGGUUGAUUGAAUGACUAACAUCAAGGGAGAGACCAGUUAUAAUCCUCAAGCCUUGUCCUAGGUGUACAGUUUCUUUGUCUGGGCUCUGGUCUGACUUCUGGCUGCCAAUAUGACCUUGGUAGCUUCCCUGUACAAGUUUAGUGUUUUUUAUUAGGAAAAAAUUAAACUUGAAAAUGUAUUUUAAUUUAAAGUUUAACAGACAUCACCUUGCCUAUUCCAAACAUGGUAGUAUGUCAAGUGCCUAUUCUGCCCUUUUCAUUUCUAACCCAAAUGAUUGGGUUUCAUUUAACCAGGGAAUAUGGACAAAAUUCAAGAGGGAGAAAAGAACAAAGGAAUUGCCAGCAGAAAACAGGAAGCCCAUGAAGAAUCUUAUCCCUAAGGGGAUAGCAUAGGAACCAAGAGUUCUCUUCCUUUACCUUUAAAGUCUCCCCAGCUCUUUUGUUUCAGAACAAGUCUCACGUAGGGGCCUCUCUGUUACCCUACCCGCUAUCCAUGUGCCCUGUGUAAUCAUUUGUCUGUCUGUUGCUGUACUCAGGUUGGUAGGCCAAGAUCAAGUGGAAAUGAAGAAAAUCUAUUUUUUGGUCCCUUCCCCUAGGAUCACUUGAUCACUCAAGAAAUGCCCUUGUGAUGACCUUGAAAGUACUAUUUUUUAAAAGUUUUAUUUUCUCCCUAGGCUAGUGGGGUUUGAGCCCAAUGAGUCAUUUCACAUAUGCCUCAGUUUUAUUGCAACUUAUUUUCUAAAAAGAAAGAAGUCAAGCAUCAUUGGAUUGAUGUUGCUAGAGGCGUGGCUUCAAUAAGACAUGCUAAAUUAGACCUAUGUAACAUUCUUUGACCCACAGUUGUUCUCCACCAGUAUAAUAUUCAGCCAAAAGAAUUACAAUCUAGAACUAAAAGCAUUUGCUAGCAAAAUCGAUCAACAUGAGAAGUCAACAAACACUGAGAUUACAAACAUUUGUUAGGUUGUCCUUCUGUGCAUGUAUGGGCUGCAUCAUUGCUCCUUUGUUUCUAAUCCAGAUUUAUGAGUAAAUAGAUUUAUGCCAACCUUAAUAGACUUGUAUGUUUUAUGCAAGAAUUAAAUGCUGUAAGACAUGAAUAAAUUACUCAACCCACUGUACGCUUUGGUGGCCAUAUGGAUUGGAAAAUCAACAGCACUUUUGUAUCUGCUCCUUAGGUUUCUGCAUGCAAGCAAUGACAGAUAGGACUGAGAAAACACUGCCGUUUGACUUCUAGCAUUGUAGUUCCUGAGAGUUGUAGAGUCGAUAUCACUGUAAGUCUAUUCACUUUAUUCUGUGGUUCUAAAACUAUUAUCUGGCAACCUACAGCAUCCAACAGGAAAUAUUUGGUAGAUUUAUGUUGUGAUGUGUUGCAGCAUGUAAAUAAUAUAACUUCUCUGCAAUAAAGCACAUUUAUAUUAAACUGGUUUGUGUUCAUUCUA